AUGCCUGAAAGGAACCCCUAUAGUGUCCCUGCACAUGAUUUUAUAUUGAUGUUGCUAUGCGCCGUUUGUGGUAUAUCAGGAGAUCGACGUUAUAUCACUAUUCCUGUCGAUGGUAUUGAUGUUGUCGAUGUCAUCAAGGUGAAUGCAAUUGCACCUUCAUUAUCAAGAGUAGCAAAACAAACAAAAGCAUAUAUACCAAUCGUUGUAUCUAGCGUUUCUCAAGAUGAUUCCGAAGUACAGCGAUUGGCAACGCAUGUCCUGGAUUAUGUUGAUUUCGGAGGACAUACCGGAUCCAAUGGAGCUUUCAGUUGGUAUGCUGAUUAUCCGGCUCAUCGUUCGUAA